UGUACUCAUUUGCGUGUACUUUUAUUGCGAUAUUGACGUUUACUAUAUUUGCGCCCGGGUGGAUUAUCGGCAAAAAAGUGUUUUUAUUCCACAGCGCUUUUAAAAUUUUCCGGAAUGACAGUGAAUCAUAGAAAUAGUACGACGUAAAACAAAAUGUGGCGAGGAAAGCAUUUGUUACUUUUUGCCAGUUUAACGGCAUUACUCUACAGCGGCGAUGGAUGCCAAAUGGAUGGCGUGUCAAACUGGCUCCUCACUAUAUCAGCAGAAAUGCUCGAUACGCACGAAGGAUCCGUCUUCAGCAGAGGGACUUCGAACAUCCAAGCAAUAACUGGGACGUCUUCAAGCGAAGGUGUGGAUGCAUCUCUCUACCUUGACGUUACAUUGGACGGCUCAAACUUUGUGAUAAGUACGAAAGAGCAAUACAGACUAUAUGAAGAGUAUGAAACCUCGGAGUCCAUGAGUUUCUCAGUGCUAUUUGAAUGUACUGGGGGCUCAACUAACACUUUGGUUUUUGACAUACAAGUAAUCGAUACGAACAACAAUGCACCAAUAUUUAAGACAGACGAUGACAGUGCAGUAUACGAGUUCACAAUAAUGCCACCUCUACCGCCUGGAGUCCAGAUCACAGGUUGUGACGAUGACAACAUCGUCGUAAGAGAUGUAGAUCUUACCACUGAACGGAUCAUAUUCGAAAUACAAGACAAUCCUUACUUCGAAAUAGCUUACAAUGGUCCAUCAUCUACGCCAAAGGAGUUCCUGGGACUUCUUAGGACUAAGAACCUGAUCAGGACGCUGUCUGAUGUUGUUGAGCUUACUAUCUAUGCUACGGACGUCGAUAGAACAGGUGACGAGCCAAUCACAAGAGAGGCUACGAUUCGCGUAAAAGCCGACGAUGCUUUUGAAUUUCCCGAAGAGCCAGCGUUCUCGCAAGCUUUCUACUUGGCCAAUUACACUGCCGACAACCAGGUGGUUCUGGAAGCACCAAUCUCAUUACGACAAGGCGUUCAUGAAGAUGUCACCUUCGCUUUGGAAGGAGAACACUCACAGUACUUCCAAUUGGUGACCAUUGGGGAUUCAAUAACAAUAUCUGUCGAAACACCUUUACCUAGAGAUAUUUUGAGGGUUGGGCAACUCGUGUUAGUGGUUAAAGCAACAAGGGAAUAUACUAGUGGAGAUACGACGACAGUUAUUGUGCAACUUCCUGAAGUUUUGGGUUUGGAAUUGGAAUACGCGCAGUAUGAUGGUGUGAUCGUCGAUAAUGUAUUGCAACCGUUGCAAUUGAAUUUGGUACAAGGAUACGAAGAUGGCUUCCAAGUUACUUUGGCUAAUGAGCACGCUUCAUUUUUCUCCGUCAACGUCCAAGGGAACGCGAUUACUCUCUCCAUGGCACCACUUACCAGUCAAAUCAUAAAUGACAAUAAUUUCAUUACCAUACAAGUGAUUGCUUCCAAUGACUAUAGCUCUACCACGGCUGUAGUCAAUCUAGAAAUAAUAAAGGAUGAUAACGUCACUCCAGUGUUUGAGAAGGCUCUUUACACAGGGGAGUACGACGGAUCAGACUUGACUAUAGAAACAAUGACGUUGGUACAAGGAUUCGACGAAACUGUAACUUUCGAGAUAUCCGGAAGUCACGAGGAAUACUUCGUAAUAACGAAUGAUGAAGCAACGGUAACUUUGACUACUUCGGGAAUACCAUCUCAAAUUUGGGUGGAACAAAGACUGUAUCUUACUAUUGAAGCGAGGAAACCGCGAUCUGUGCCCUCUACAGCGGCCAUUUCCAUUCAACUGCCUGCAGCAAGGGAAUUGGCUUUUCAAGCUUCUUCAUACAGUGGAACUGUUCAAGAGACUACAUUGACACAUCAGUCCAUAGUCCUAAGUACCGGUUAUGCUGACGAUGUGACGUUUAUGUUGACUGGAGACUAUGCCAGUUACUUCGAUAUAUCAUCAAUACAGAAUCAAGUGACUAUAAGUUUGCCUAACGCGCUCCCGGAUGAUGUUAUUAUAGAAAACAAUUUUCUUACGCUAACUCUGAGUGCGAACGGUGUCCACGCCCUACCAGCAACUACUGCGGUAGUCUUAGAAAUAAUAAAACAAGAUAUUACUACACCUGUGUUCACUGAAAAUAUUUACCGUGCUAAUUACUUGGAAGCCAGAAAUAUUGAAAUUGAAACUAUCCGUUUAUUGCAAGGCUAUGAUAACAGCGUUACGUUUAGAAUUGAAGGAGAACAUGCCCAAUAUUUCCAAAUGAGCAAUAUUGAGGACAAUGUGGAGAUAACGCUUGUGUCGGACAUUCCACCGGAAGUUAUAUUCCGGGAAAAAGUAUUAUUCUUUAACGUGAUAGCUGACAAGCCUCUAACAGUAGGAAGUCACGCUGCGAUAAUUGUAACCUUCCCUGAAGAACUGACUGAUUCCACCGUAAUGAGAUUUUCGCAGAAUACUUACCUUGGAUCUUUCGAAGAAAAUGAAUUAAUUUUAGAAAACAUUGUUCUUGAAACUGGAUAUGAGAGUGGCACCGUCCUAACUAUAACUGGAGAAUAUGCAUCGUAUUUUACGUUACAAAAUACGAAUAACGAAAUUACAAUUCAAAUUGGAGACACACCUAUUGACGACGUAAUCGAGGAAAAUAGCUUAAUUCUGCUAGAGGUUGAGGCCACAAGAGAAAGAGCCGUGCCAGUUUCAACUACCAUUGUAAUAGAUAUCGUAAAGGUAGAAAUUAUACACCCAAUAUUCAACGAAGCUUAUUAUAGAGGAGUGUACCAUGAAAAUGAGCUGCAGUUUGAUGAAGUUAUGUCACUAACACAAGGUUAUGAUGCCACUGUCACAUUUGCUUUGGAGGGAGAACUAGCCGCCUAUUUUUCAAUCCAGCAAAUCGGUGCCAAUGCCAUUACUUUAAUCCUCAAUAGCAAUACUCCAAUAACAGAAGAAGUGCUGGAAAAUCAUAAUCUAUUGCUGUUUACAAUAGUAGCAAACAAACUCGGAGCUGUGAGUGGUAGAGCUGCUAUAUCAAUUGAUUUACCUAAAGAAACACCGGAAUCUGUGAUCAUCCGCUUUACACAAAGCAGCUACGUGGGUCACAUAGAAAAUGGGGAAUUAUCCGCACCGACAAUCACACUUGCCGACGGCUGGGAGCCCGUCCAGCUUACCCUUGCGGGAGAUUAUGCAUCAUACUUUGAAGUAUCGCAGAACUCAAAUGAUGUGCUAAUUCGUCUUGUGAAUGAGUUGCCUGCAGAUGAUAUUGACGAAUUAUCAUUCAUAUUACUACACAUAACAGCGUCUUACCCGGAGGCUAUUAGUGGUAACACCACAGUAGUAUUAGAAAUAAUCAAACCGCCACAAAUAGUAACGCCUGUGUUUGAGCAAGCUUAUUAUACUGGAGAAUAUUCACAGCAAGGAUUACAGUUCGAUCAGUCAAUCCGGCUGAUACAGGGCUUCGAUGAAUCUGUUUUAUUUACUCUGGCUGGCGAUGAUGCUCAGUGGUUUGAAUUAGUUGAUGUUGACGAGAAUAAUUUGUCUGUGAGGAUUACUGGCGAUGGAUUGACACAAAUUAGAGACAGGAGUCACUUAAUUUUCUCCGUAGUUGCCAAUAAACCCGAUAGCCCAGCAGCACGUGCCGCCAUCAUCAUUAAUCUUUCAGAUUUAUUGGUUACGGUGCCGCUCAGAUUCUCAGAAAAUUUCUACACUGGAACUAUUGGCGAGGGUGUCUUGUCUCUAACUACUAUCAAUUUAGAAGAAGGAUACUCACCAGAUAUAACUUUCACUCUUAUUGGAGACUAUGCCGACUACUUCCAGGUAUUCAAUCAGGAGGGACUGAUUACUUUGCAAUUAGCACCUGAGACACCAGAUGACAUGUUUGAAGCGCAUAAUGUCAUGGUACUUUCAUUAGAGGCAGAGAUUGAAAAUACCAGAGCACAUGCGACGAUAGUUCUUGAACUAAUAAACGCAGAAGUCAAGCCACUGGCUUUCGAAGAAGCUUAUUAUGUAGGGUCAUAUUCUGUAAUCAACGGUUUCACUUUUGAUUCUCAAAUAACUUUAACGGAGGGACACGAUCAGACGAUAGAGUUUUCUCUCGGAGGAGAUGACUCAAAAUGGUUUAAAAUUGUUGAAAACCAAAAUUUUAUUUCGUUGGAACUCGAGAACCCAAUAUCAAAUGAUGAAAUUGCCGGUAGACAACAAUUAAUCUUUACUAUCAUUGCUAGAAGUCCCGAUGGAGCAACAACACAUUCAACUAUUAUUAUUACGAUAACCGAUGAUUUGCCCAUGCUCAGCUUUGAAAGAAACUACUAUAUUGGUACUAUUGAGAAUAAUGCUGCCAAUAUUGAAACAAUAAGUAUCACAGAAACAUAUUCACAAAGUGUUACAUUUACAAUUUCUGGAGAACUGGCGGAUUACUUUGCAUUUACAUCCGAAGGAGCGAGUGUUACAAUUUCUUUACGAAAUUCUAUUGAAGAUGAUUUAUUACCACCCAACGGAGUAAUAAUACUAGAAUUGCAAGCAUCGGCAUCUCAGGCGGUAUCCGCAUACACCACGUUAAUAUUUAGUGUAGUGAAUGACGAAAUCGUAGCUUUGAAUUUCAGUAGUACUUACUACACCGGCACGUAUACUCAAGAAGAUGGGCUCGACUUCCAGGACACUAUAACACUUAUUGAAGGCUAUGAUGAAAAUGUACAAUUUGCUCUUGAAGGAGAUAGUGCUCAAUACUUCGAUAUUGUAGUUUCUGGAUAUUCGGUAGAAUUGCGCCUCAGAACGGACGUUUCUAUUCCUUCAGAAACAGUGAUAGACAACCAGCAACUCAUUUUCAUUAUUCGUGCGGAUAAACCUAAUGCAAGAACUGCAAGAGCUACAAUUGUUAUAUCACUAUCAGAAGUCCAUAAUGUCAGAAAUCUCCAAUUCAACCAGUUAUCGUAUCUUGGGUCAAUUGAAAACGAGGAAGUCAGUUUAGAUCUCAUAACUCUCAGUGAAGGAUACACUGAAGACGUAUCGUUCACGCUUCACGGAGAAUUAGCAAACUAUUUCAACUUAGUGACUGCAGUAGGAACAGUCACAGUAAACUUAGUGAAUCAGAUUCCUGAACAAGCUUUACCAAAUAAUGGAAUAAUACUACUUGAGCUACGUGCCACAGCACCUCAAGCAAGAGAUGCACACGCUACUAUAGUAUUACAUAUUAUUCAGGAAAAUAUCGAAGGACUUUCAUUUAGUCAGACUUAUUACACGGGAACUUAUACUGCAACAGAUGAAUUGAUUGUUGAAGAUACUAUUACAUUAGCUGAAGGUUACGAUGAAAAUGUCCAAUUCACAUUAGAAGGAGAUGAUUCACUAUAUUUUGAAGCGGUCGCGACGAAUAAUACAGUGACACUGAGAGUAUCAACUCCCCUUCCACCGGCAGUUACAAUAAAUAAUCAAGUAUUUGUAUUCUCUCUCCACGCUAGCAGAUCUGGAGUCAUAGCUAAAGCAACAAUCGUCAUUACCCUGAGUGAUGAGUUCACUGAAAAUACAAGUCUUCUUGGUUUUAAUAGAAUCACUUACUCAGGUAAAAUUGAGCAUAGCACAAUCAAUAUGGACUUUAUCACACUUACUGAAGGUUACACAUCCGAAGUGACGUUUGCACUAUACGGAGGUUUAGCGGAUUAUUUCACCUUAUCAAAUGAAGGAGCAAAUGUUGUAUUAACAUUGCCAAAUCAAAUUCCGGAUUUGUUAAUCCCGGAUAAUAAUAUUAUCGUACUAGAACUACGAGCAUCAGCUCCUCGAAGUUUAUCUACAUUCGCUGCCAUUAUAUUUGAAGUUGUAACGGAAGAUGAAACAGUAGAACAACUAGUGUUUAGUGAAGCUUAUUAUACCGGACAAUACGAGACUACAAGAGUAACACUUGAACGUCCCAUAACACUUGAUGAAGGAUUUGAUGCCAACGUAGUCUUUACUCUGGAAGGAGAAAACUCACAAUAUUUCGAACCAGAGAUCUUAGGAAAUUCCGUGACUUUAACAGUAUCUACUUCGAUACCACCUGCAAUUAUUUCCAACAACCAUCAUCUUAUUUUUACCAUUCGUGCAGAAAAACCUGACGCUAUAACUGCCAGAGCGACUAUCGUGAUAUCGCUCUCAGAAGAGAGGACCGACAACUUAAUACUCGGGUUUGACAGAAUCUCAUAUCAAGGCACAAUAGAAAAUAAUAUAGUUAACUUAGACCCAAUAACACUUCGUGAAGGAUAUACUCAAGAGGUGGCGUUUACAUUAUAUGGAGAUCUACGUGAUUACUUUAUCUUGACCACUUCACAAGCAUCUGUUACUCUUUCAAUGCCGAACUCGAUUCCAGACGGAUUAAUUCCUGAAAAUGGAAUAAUAGUAUUAGAAUUAGAAGCGUCAGCACCUGGAACGAUGUCUACUCAUGCAACUAUAGUCUUUGAAAUCGAUCGAGAAGAUAAUACUCCAGAUAUUAAGCAACUAGUGUUAAGUGAAACUUUCUAUACUGGGCGUUACUCUGAAAUUGGCGGAUUAAUAGUUGAUGACAUUAUAACGUUGACAGAGGGCUACGACGAUAACGUGCAGUUCACGCUUGAAGGAGAUGAUUCCCAAUACUUCGGGUUGACAUUGUCAGAAAACACAGUAACACUAAGAGUUAUUGCUCUUAUACCACCAGCAGUUGUAACGAGCAAUAACCAGUUAGUAUUCGCUAUUCGUGCCGAGAAACCCGACGCUAUAACUGCAACGGCUACCAUUGUAAUAUCACUAUUAAACGAAUUUACUGAAAACAGCAUUCUUGGGUUUGAUAGAGUCACUUACAUAGGUUCAAUUGAAAAUGGUGCUAGCAGUUUAGAAGCAAUCACUCUGAGUGAAGGAUACUCAAACGAUGUUACGUUUACAUUACACGGAGAUCUGGCGAACUAUUUCAGUUUAUCUAAUGAAGGAGCCAUUGUCUCAGUUACAUUGCCGAGUCCUAUCCCUGAGCAAUCACUUCCGGAUAAUCGAAUAAUAGUGCUGGAGCUACGGGCAUCAGCACCAGAAACUAUAUCUGCCUAUGCAACUAUAGUAUAUGAAAUUGUACAAGAAAAUAGCACUCCAGAUAUUGAACAACUUGCAUUCAGUGACACUUUCUACACUGGUCAUUACACUGAAGACGGUGGACUAGUAGUCAAUGACAUAAUGUUGACAGAGGGCUAUGACGAAAACGUGCAGUUCACUCUUGAAGGAGAUGAUUCCCAAUACUUCGGGUUGACAUUGUCAGAAAACACAGUAACACUAAGAGUUAUUGCUCUUAUACCACCAGCAGUUGUAACGAGCAAUAACCAGUUAGUAUUCGCUAUUCGUGCCGAGAAACCCGACGCUAUAGCUGCCACGGCUGCCAUUGUAAUAUCACUAUUAAACGAUUUUACUGAAAACAGCAUUCUUGGGUUUAAUAGAGUGACUUACAUAGGAUCAAUUGAAAAUGGUGCUAGUAGUUUAGAAGCAAUCACUCUGAGUGAAGGAUAUUCAAGUGAUGUUACGUUUACAUUACACGGAGAUCUGGCGAACUAUUUCAGUUUAUCUAAUGAAGGAGCCAUUGUCUCAGUUACAUUGCCGAGUCCUAUCCCUGAGCAAUCACUUCCGGAUAAUCGAAUAAUAGUGCUGGAGCUACGGGCGUCAGCACCAGAAACUAUAUCUGCCUAUGCAACUAUAGUAUAUGAAAUUGUACAAGAAAAUAGCACUCCAGAUAUUGAACAACUUGCAUUCAGUGACACUUUCUACACUGGUCAUUACACUGAAGACGAUGGACUAGUAGUUAAUGACAUAACGUUGACAGAGGGAUAUGACGAAAACGUGCAGUUCACUCUUGAAGGAGAUGAUUCCCAAUACUUCGGGUUGACAUUGUCAGAAAACACAGUAACACUAAGAGUUAUUGCUCUUAUACCACCAGCAGUUGUAACGAGCAAUAACCAGUUAGUAUUCGCUAUUCGUGCCGAGAAACCCGACGCUAUAGCUGCCACGGCUGCCAUUGUAAUAUCACUAUUAAACGAUUUUACUGAAAACAGCAUUCUUGGGUUUGAUAGAGUGACUUACAUAGGUUCAAUUGAAAAUGGUGCUAGCAGUUUAGAAGCAAUCACUCUGAGUGAAGGAUACUCAAACGAUGUUACGUUUACAUUACACGGAGAUCUGGCGAACUAUUUCAGUUUAUCUAAUGAAGGAGCCAUUGUCUCAGUUACAUUGCCGAGUCCUAUCCCUGAGCAAUCACUUCCGGAUAAUCGAAUAAUAGUGCUGGAGCUACGGGCAUCAGCACCAGAAACUAUAUCUGCCUAUGCAACUAUAGUAUAUGAAAUUGUACAAGAAAAUAGCACUCCAGAUAUUGAACAACUUGCAUUCAGUGACACUUUCUACACUGGUCAUUACACUGAAGACGAUGGACUAGUAGUUAAUGACAUAACAUUGACAGAGGGCUAUGACGAAAACGUGCAGUUCACUCUUGAAGGAGAUGAUUCCCAAUACUUCGGGUUGACAUUGUCAGAAAACACAGUAACACUAAGAGUUAUUGCUCUUAUACCACCAGCAGUUGUAACGAGCAAUAACCAGUUAGUAUUCGCUAUUCGUGCCGAGAAACCCGACGCUAUAGCUGCAACGGCUACCAUUGUAAUAUCACUAUUAAACGAUUUUACUGAAAACAGCAUUCUUGGGUUUGAUAGAGUGACUUACAUUGGUUCAAUUGAAAAUGGUGCUAGCAGUUUAGAAGCAAUCACUCUGAGUGAAGGAUACUCAAACGAUGUUACGUUUACAUUACACGGAGAUCUGGCGAACUAUUUCAGUUUAUCUAAUGAAGGAGCCAUUGUCUCAGUUACAUUGCCGAGUCCUAUCCCUGAGCAAUCACUUCCGGAUAAUCGAAUAAUAGUGCUGGAGCUACGGGCGUCAGCACCAGAAACUAUAUCUGCCUAUGCAACUAUAGUAUAUGAAAUUGUACAAGAAAAUAGCACUCCAGAUAUUGAACAACUUGCAUUCAGUGACACUUUCUACACUGGUCAUUACACUGAAGACGAUGGACUAGUAGUUAAUGACAUAACGUUGACAGAGGGCUACGACGAAAACGUGCAGUUUACCCUUGAAGGAGAAACUGCACAAUAUUUUGACAUUACGGUAUCUGGGGAUACAGUAACGCUUACAGUACCAACUCCUAUCCCAUCCGUAGUCAUAGCGGAUAAUCGAAACCUAAUAAUUACAAUUCGAGCGGACAAACCUAGUGCAAUAACUGCUAGAGCUGUAAUCGUCAUAUCACUUUUAAAUGAAGACACGGGAGGUAUAAUUCUAGGCUUCGAUCGAAUCUCAUACCAGGGGUCAAUAGAAAAUCAUGUGGUUAACAUGGACGUUAUAAAUCUCAAUUCAGGGUACACUGAAGCAGUGUCCUUUACUUUAAGUGGUGAUCUAGCUGACUAUUUCAUCUUAUCGAGUUCAGGGCCGAUAGUCACCUUAACUCUUGAUCGUGAGAUUCCAGAACAAUUGAUCCCAAUUAACGGGAUAAUAGUAUUAGAGUUACAAGCUUCAGCUACUGAAGCAAUAUCUGCAUAUGCUACCAUCGUGCUUGCGUAUGUUUCGGAGGAAAAUAUUCCAGUUGCAAAUUUAUUAGCCUUUAGUGACACUUACUAUACUGGAUACUACACUGAAAUGGAUGGAUUGUCAGUUGAAGAGGAAAUUAAAUUAACAGAAGGACAUGAUAGCAACGUAGAAUUUAUCCUCGAAGGAGAGAGCGCUCAAUAUUUCCAGUUAGAAAUAUCUGGUUUUUCGGUGAUACUAAAGGUGACUUCUAUACCACCAGCUGUAGUCGCUGGUAACCGGAAACUCAUUUUCGUUAUUCGUGCCGAUAAACCUGACGCUGUAACUGCUAGAGCAACCAUUAUCAUUGCUCUUAGAGAUGAAUACGAUGAAGAAACAACAAUAAUUGGAUUCAACCGUAUAAGUUACGUUGGUUCAAUCGAUAAUAACAUAGUGACUUUAGAACAGAUAGUGCUUAGUGAAGGAUAUUCUGAGGAGAUCACUUUUACGUUACAUGGAGAUUUAGUAAACUUUUUCAAUAUAGCAUUACAAGGACCUAUAGUUUCUAUUGUGUUGCCAAAUGCUAUACCGGAAGAAUCUGUACCAGACAGUCGUAUCAUAGUGUUAGAGCUUCAAGCAUCAGCACCUCAGACUAUGUCCGCUUACGCAACGAUAGUCUUCGAAGUUGUGCAAAGAGAUGAAGAAUUUAUGGCGUUUGAUGCACCUUACUACGUUGGCGAGUACACAACAGAGGGAAAUCUUAUUAUGGAAAGUACUAUUUUAUUGUCAGAAGGAUAUGAUGAUAACGUAAUAUACCAUAUUGAAGGAGAACACAUAGAAUGGUUCUAUAUUGAAUUUUCAGAAAAUGAAAUAACUCUCUUGUUGGCUCCUAAUGCUCAGAUUCCACCGGAAGUUUUAGAAAACAACCGCAAACUUAUAUUAGUUGUUGUCGCUCAAAAAUCUGGUAGUCCAUCAGCAAGAUCUAUCAUUAUAAUAUCACUUCCUAUAGAUUCUGAAAAUGGUGGUUCGCAACCGGGAACAACGUUCGAAAAAGUGUUAUUUGAGGGUAUUGUACAAGAAGGCGUGGUACGACAUGACACUAUUAGACUUUCUGGUUAUGAAGGAAACAAUAUCCAGCUAUUGGGAGAAUUUGCAGAAUUGUUUGAAGUGUCGAUUGCUGAUGAAUUGGUGACUGUCCAGGCGUAUAAUCCACUAUUUCCAGCAGCGGAUACCACAUACAUAGCUCUGCAACUUCAAGCGGGCGACGCAGGCGCCGUGCUUCUACUUGACAUUAUUCAUACUGAGAAUUCGGGGCUGCCUACAGUAUCAUUCGGCUCGACUUCAUACGUCUUAAAGGUGGAUGUCAGACAGUCAGGUCUAAUAGGCACAGUACAGGCAACAGCAGACAACAAUGAAAGGGUUACCUACUCUUUGAUAGUAAAUAACGCGCACCUACUGCAACGAAUUUCGAUCAAUUCUGAUGGAGAACUACAUUUGUCGGCACCAGCGAAUAUUGGAGAAUAUAGUUUUGAAGUAAUGGCUACUACUGCAUUCUCACAGGCUUAUGGUACAGCAACGGUACAAUUAACGGUGGACGCAAUAUCCGAAUGUGUCGAUAGCCGGGCUCUUCCUCCACUCACAGUGCUAGACAGAGACGAAGAGAGUGCUCACAGAGACCUGUUCCUCUUAAACGAGCCCGAGUACCAGGGCUGCACAUUCACCCUCAGAAAUCUGUGGCCCAGCGAACAAUCCUGGCUUUACCUCGACGAUACUGGCUUACAUACACACGCUAUCGACAGGGAACACGAAUCGAUCGCCUUUAUGGCUCUAUCGCAAGUUCAAGUCGAGCUUAUCAUGGACUGCGAUACAGAUAGCACACGAUCUAAACGCUCCGUGAACACGGAGCCAAGACUCGAUCAUCUGGGGCCGUAUGAUUACGGUGACAGUACUUGGCUUCUUGGCAAUACUAUCUCGCACAACCCUAGACGCGGCAUUUUCAACCUAAUAGUAAACGAUAUUAAUGAUAAUGCGCCAAUAUUCGUCGGAAAGGAACAGGAGCCUAUAGUUGUCGCGUAUCCAAUCGCGGAACUUGAAGAAAGAAUAUUGCCGAGAGCUCUAGCCGAAGUUGAGGCAACAGACGCGGAUGUAGGGGAGAACGCGGCCAUAGUGUACUGGAGCAGAGAGGAAGUACUAGCAGUAUCACCACACAGCGGGUUUGUGCAUGUUCGGAACAAUGCUAGACUGGAAAACAAUACCAGACUCACCAUUCUUGCUACAGAUCUCAACGGACACGAACAAGGCCUCACUGCCUCCUUGCAACUUUUGGUAAAACUAAUUGAUACCAGUCAUAUCGCAGUCAUCACUGUCCAAAACGCGUUCCUGGAUGAUGAGAAAUACAUAGUGGGUAACCUCAGCGCCUCUAUCGGAUACGAAGUCAAAGUGCUAAAAUCAACAGUCAUUUCAGAGGAAAUAACUUCAGAAACGGAUGAAACUAGAUCUAAACGACAAGCGAUAUUGUCUACUGGUGCGUCUCUUCAACUAUAUGUAUACGGAUUACUGCAACAAGAACCAGUUGAUGUCCAACGACUCACGGAAGAUAUUAAUGUAAUAGAGACGGUCAGCAUAGCGGACAUUAUAUCUCUGGAAGAUCAUCUAGAGAACUUACAGAUAUGCCCGUCGCCAGGACGUGAUAUCGCCUUGUUAGUCUCUACAAUAGUCCUCAGCGUCCUGCUGUUCAUACUAAUCGUAGUCGCAGCUGUCUGGUAUUUCUUAAGAUGGCGGAAGAAUCGCAACUAUGAAGAAUUUAGUGACGAGGCCAGCUUAGGAACACGUUCUGAUUCACCAGUAUCUUCACCAAAGCCAGAGAGUUUUCCAAAACCGAGAAUAAAUAUAGAAGACUUGAAAAAAAGUGAGAGGCGACUUCAAGAAAUGCUUCAAACACCCGUAGAAGAGGUGACGGUAGAACCAGUGGCGGUACCAAAACCAGUUGAAUCAAAAGUAAACAUUCCGGAAGCGCCAAUAGUGAUUCAGUCCAUCGACAAGUUGAAAGAUGCUGAUGAGUCUGAAGAAGAAGAUGUGUUCGGAGAAAGAGCAAGAGACAAAAGAAAAUCGGUUGUAACUUUCAAUGAGAACGUUGAAAAAAUCAUCCACGUCGAAGACCCUCCGGAUGACUCAGACUUUGAAGUUUAUAGGUUGUAAUUUAUAGUAGGCAUGUAAAGAUAGAAGCAAUCAAUUUAACGCAAUUUGUAUAUAUAUUAUUUUAUUGUAAAUGAUGUAAAUAAAAGUAAAAUUACUGUAACUUUUCUCAA